CUUCGAUACACAAGCCACCGAACACGUAGCAGAACAUGUCGGUUGGCAUUCGACAUGACGACGUCCCCUGUUCAUGACCUGGGAAUUGCAAACGAAGUUGAAUCAUAUUCAAUUCGCAAUCUGCCGAGUGUUCUUAUUUUGCGAUGAGCGAGCUUUCGAACAUGAGCCUCUGCAUCUCUCGCCAUGACUGAAGAUAAUUUCAACGAAGGCUUUAAUGAUAGCGAUUGUGUGAAUGUGAGGACAAAAAGAACACGAACAGGUGGUCCUAGAAGCAAGACGGGCUGUAUAACAUGUCGCUUGCGCCGUGUUAAGUGCGAUGAAACGAAGCCCUUGUGUAUGCGGUGUCUGAGAGCCAGAAGAGAGUGUGAGGGUUAUCCAUCAAUCUUUGCCAGUGCAAAACCAUGGGAGGUCGUCAAGCUCUUUUCUACUGGAGCCAUGAUCAAGCCAUCCGCAAAUCCAAGGAUCGCGUCAAAUAAACACGCUAUCCAUAGUUUCCACUUUUUCGAAAAAGAGAGUACCAAAAAGCUUGCCGAAGUGUGGGGCAGGGAGCUUUGGCUCAAGGCGAUCCCAAGAGCCGCCAUGUACUCGCCCGCGAUGUGGCAUGCGGCCAUAGCUGUUGGCUCAGCUCACGAAGCUCAUUGGCAAAAGAAUUUGGGUGCAGGUGUGCACCAAUCAAAGAUAGAGUGGACUUUUGGACAAUAUAAUCGAGCGAUCCGAGCGUUGACUCAUCCCGAUGAGAACGGCAACCCCCCUUCGCUGGACAUCAUGAUUUCUGCAUCCAUCAUGUUUAUGGCGUUCGAGAUGCUGCGACACGAACAUGGAAAAGCCGUGAGCCACGUUAAAAGUGGAAUUUCUAUGUUUCAAGAGUAUCGUAGACAAAUACGAGCUGGUAAUUCUGGAGAACAAGAGAAGGCUCUGAUUCCAAUGAGUUCCCUCGAGCAAAGUCUGAGGCAAGUUGAAAUUCAAAUGUGUGAGCUAACGCUCGAUCAUUUUCCGGCUUAUCCGCUUCCUGUAAUGAGCCUUUUCGAUCCUGAGACGAUGCCAUUGACUGCAGCUCACAGGCCCGCUACGUUUUGCAAUUUCGUCUCCCUUGAAGAAGCUCGCACAGAGCUCGGAUACUACUGGCACAGUCUUAUGGAUAAACUGCAUACAGAGUUUACUCCACGAUUUCGUGCUAUUGCUGAGUAUUCGGAAUCACUGAGUCGCGAGUGUGAUGUAUACAAACACGACGUCACUGUAUGGCUUGAUAAGUUCAAGAAGCUUGUGGAAGGUUACUAUUCGCAAUUAGUACCCUUAUCUUCGUGUCAGAGGGGGGAUAUUGCUCGGCUUGAAACAUAUGCGCUUCUCAUCCUCCAGACUGUGGAGACAAUUUGGUGUACUGACGAAAGCGUAUGGGAUAAACAUCUGAAUCGGUUUGAUCGCAUAUUGGAAUUAUGCCGAAUAGCGGCUAGCAGUGACCAGUUUGGCGAUCCACAAUGUGACAUGAAGAAGACUGACGCGUAUUGUGGAUUUCAGUUGGGGAAUGGCAUAGUCGCUGCUACAUUCCACACAAUUUGGAAAGCACGAGCGGCCCGCAUCCGACAAAAAGCCAUUCAAUUACUAAGAGCAUAUCCUCGAAGAGAAGCAAUGUGGGAUGCUCCAAUGGUGGUAACAAUAGGCGAACAGAUAGACGAGAUUGAGAGGGGAUCGGAGAAUCUAUACGAUGCAGCUCUACGUGAUGCACCAGCGGACGAUAUUCCAAUCUGGAAACGAGUGCGAAGCAUCGGCAUCAAAUUUGGAGCAACGAGCAGAGUCGCCGAGCUUACAUACUCAAUACCAAAGAGCCCUGUCGGCGACACGCUUGUUGAGGUGAGACGCAGAAUUUGCUGGAACAUGGACUAGGGACAAAGAAAAACAAUAGUAUCAUUAUAACGGAAGCUCCGUUUCUAAUGUUCAUCAAAUAUCAGAUCAGUCGAGU